CCGGACGAUGGUGCAGCUGGGACUUCAUCAUGCGCAGGUACAGUAAAAUUCCAUCUAAUUUUUCACCUCAUUGUUAACACGAUUAUCAGUGAUAUCUUGAUAAAAACGAUGUGUUGCUAGCAGUUAUGGUAAUGAUUGUAUCGAUUCAAAAACGGAGUACAUGGAUAAAACGCACGCUAGUUUUAUGGGAUAUCACCAUAUUACCAAGUCAGCUGUGAUUACUCAUACUAAUCCCAGUCCUUCGUUAUGUCGCAGAAAUUGGAUUCCACCGACGUAUUGUAUUACAUGGGAUGUUGGGCCAGCAACGUCGCACGUCCCAGGCUUUUAAAACAAGCAGGUUGACCUCGAAAUACCUUUUCAAGUUAUGAGUUUAGAGCCCAGGGGAGCGUGAAACUAGCAAAAGCUGCAAGCGUGACAACUUACAGAUCAUUUGAAUGGCGAGGCAUUCCGAAUAGGUAUUAAAAUUACCGUAUUCAACGAGGAUCAGCUCAACCCGUGUAUAGAGAUUUACCAAAUCCGGUCAAUGUCUAAGUGGACCUUUAAACUGGAUAUAUACAACUGUACUUGAAUUGUUUACAUUUGGUGUCGAUUUGAAUGCCCACUUUGUUCGAUUUCAAUGGUCGAUGUCUUAUCGACAUGCUCUAUGAUUUCUCAAUGCCACCAAUUCAUGAAUUCCUGUAACACAAUUCACGGACGUUUUAAUUGUCAACCAAAUUUCUCCCUAUUUUGAGACUUCUGGAAAUAUGGAAGAUGAAUCAGUAAGCACUGGUCGAUAGAGGCUGCUGCUGAUUCACCGCUAGUCAUGGACAAAUGUCCCAAGUGUGGAAAAACCGUGUAUUUUGCUGAACGGAAAACCUCUCUCGGAAAACACUGGCAUCCUAACUGUUUGAGAUGUGAAGAGUGCGGCAAGAUUCUAGCCCCGGGUCAACACGCAGAGGGGAAGGGGAGGCCAUAUUGUCACAAGCCUUGUUAUGCCAUGCUCUUUGGUCCCCAAAUGAUGGGAUAUGGUUCCAAUGUGGUAUCGCCGGCAAAUUUCAAAAGAAACAGUGACAGUACGUUGUAUAAUGGAGAAUACGACUUCGAUCUGAAACAGGUGUUCGAAAGCGGGGAAAUGAUACACAGCAACGGGAACUCGCAGCAAAAUGGAGUUCUAAAUCAGAAGCGACAUUUUCACAAUACACCUCAAGCAAGGGCGAACCCAAAUCAAAUCAUGGAGUUCGACUUUCUCUCAGAAACUGCUGCUGAAAGUCGACAGAUCAUCGGGUCUCCAAAGAAAAGAACCCCGAGGGCCAUAUCUGAAUAUACAGGGAGAGAACGAGAACUAAUAAAGAAGAUACAGGAAUUCAAUGCUUUUUAUGAUGGCAAGAAGAGACAGUCGCUCAACAUUAAGGAGUCGGUGGAUCAGUUGGUGAUUGAGGGUCCUGUGCGGAUCUACUGGGGGGUUCUUCAGCCAAUCCAGUUACAGGAAUUUGAUAAUGUUCCUUCUGUUCCCUCACCAACAUCAUGGCGGCACAGUUUUGUUCCAGGAGAUAAAGUUCCAGAUAUAAAUCCAGACCUGAAGAGGUCGAGGUCCCCAGAGCCAGCCUCUCCCCGAGUUAGCAGAGGUUUAGAUGACAGUGUAAUAUUUUCUCCACCAGAUGGCGUCGUGAUGCGCCGGAAGAACAUAAAAAAGUUUAACACUGUUGCUUACCGAGGGGAUUCCCGACCCAAUAAAUGGAAGAGGGCCUCAAUAAAUGGCCACAUUUAUAACUUUGAUACGAGAAUUUUUACCCCUGUAUUAGGCAGCUGUACCAGUGUUACGGUGGAUAGUAACUGUACUACGUAUGGGGUCAUUAGAACACUGCUGGAGAAGUUCAAGAUAGAGAACCAACCUGAAGAAUACUCAUUGUAUCUAGUGUCAGAAACAGAAGGUGAAAUACUGUUAAAGGACUCUGACCACCCUUUGUUGGAGAGGAUAGCCAGGGGGCCAGAUGAGACCUCAGGGGUCAAGAUUUAUCUGAAGGACCGAGUACUAUACACCAGGAAGAACUCCCUAGUUACCCAGGCAGUGGUUGAGGAGGAGGAAGACGUGAUUGAGCAGGUGGAGGCCCCGGUCAAGGCUGAACAGAGUCUACCUGAUGAGGUGGAACAGUUGAUAGCAAUACCUGAGCCGGUCUUACUAGGAAUAUUAAGGAAAUUUAAGGAUGAUGAAGAUCGAGAAGUCAGGACAGUACGAGCAAGGUAUGACCUUGCAAAAAGAAGAUUAAAAGACAUGAUGAAAAUCAAAAUGUGACAACCUUUGCUUACUGGAUACAUUUACUUGUGUCUCGUACCAAAUUACAAACUCCAGUAUCAGGAGUCUGCCGUAGAGAAACACAUUCUUGUGUUGCCAGCUGCCAGCAAGGAACCAGUCAGAGAUUGGGGCAAUAACCGUUUUUGCCAACUUUCAAAGUCAUCAAGCAGCUAAUUACAUUCAUCCACACAAACAUCUAAGGGCAGUGAAAUGUUGCUCAGGGCCAGAUUACAUUGGAAUCACUUGUUUUUAUAUUUCAUGAUCAUGUGACCAGUUUUUCAUUCUUUGUCUUUUUACUUUGAUGUAUAUGUGUUCAGCUGUCCUUCAGUCUGAUUUACAUUUCAACACUGUGGGAUAACUCAUGAAUGGCAGUGAUGGAGUUUAUAUGUCAGAUUCUACAGGAUGAAUGUGCAGUGAUAAGAUGGUCUUAGUGCCGAGUUACAAGUUACUGGUGGUAGAGAAGUGGGCGUGUUUUUAUAUAUGCUAUUUAUAGUUAUGAUGUAAGUGCUAAUCCAGUGCACGUUUAUUUGUACAGAUGAUUUCAGUUUUUUUUUCUUUUAUCCGUGUUUUUAUUUACCAGUGAGAAUUAGUGAAGUGCCGCCGGUUAGCAGCUGAAUAAGUCAUGAGGAUUAGUGAAGUGCCGCCGGUUAGCAGCUGAAUAAGUCAUGAGGAUGUGUCUUUGGGAUUGUUUCUAAUAUCUCAUAUCAUGGAUUAACUGAAACACUUAAUUCAAAUCAGAAUAUUUCAUUAAAUUAUAUAUAGGAAGUAAAUUAGCAAAGAUGAAAAGGAUUUUGAUCAGAUCCAAUUGCCAUAUCAUAUAGCAAUAAUAUUAAUUACUCGGCAUUUAAGCUUCAGUAAUACAUGUGCUAUGGUUUCAGUCAAAUCUUGCAGGUCAAUGAAGAGUCUGGAUAAAUGAAUUGCGUCUAUUAAAAAAAUGAGUAUCAUACAAAUAAUUAGUUCCCGAGAUAAAUAAUGUAAUGAUUAUUCCGGUUGAACCUUCAGUUCUCUUUCCUUGUCAAAAUAUGAUUGCCAUUUGUUAACUUGUAAUGAGAGAGGAUUUGAUACAAGUGUGUGUGCACUUGUUUUCCAAUCUCAACAAUUGAAAUAAUAUGUAUUUAGUCGUGUUCUUGUUUCUUUGAAAUGCAGUUUAAUGUAUCAUCCAGAGGUUGGAUUUUCUGGAUUAUUGGCAUCCAGGUGUAUAAGGCCCCAUUGUGUAUUUGGAUGUAUAAUAUAAAGUACUAUGACAGACUGAACAUAAGGUGAAAGAAAUAUUACCCGGAGCAUGUGUAUUUUUGGAAACAUUAUUAUCUUGACACUUUCUGGUAUUGUAAAUUUCAAAAUGUGUACUGCUGACAUUUUGAACUCUUGAAAGUUUGAACUGCUGAUCCCAAGCAAUAAAAUGGUGCGGAUCUGGAUUUUUAAAGAGUAGAUAAUAAAGAGGGACUGAUUCUUCUGUCAGUCUUUUGAAAUGUGUGUAACUGAGCAUGUUCUGAGGGGACUUAUAUCUGCAUAUUGAUCUGUGUGAUCUAUUUAUUUUUUAGUCAAACAUUCCAAACCAUUUUUCAUACUUUCUUGUACUAAAAUUAUUGAUUUUGCAUGUUAGGACACGUUUUAGAUGUAAAAUGGCUCUUGUAUACAGAUAUUGAUAGCAUUGUACAUGUAGUACAUAAAUUGAGCUUAAAUUUCUUAAAAUUUUAAAAUUCCAUGCUUGUCACAAUUAUUACCUUUAGUACUUUUCAGUUGAGAAUUUGGGAAGUAGAUCUGUGAAAACAGUAUUUAAUUCAUAUGGCUUGUCGUUAUUAUUGUGAUGUUUUUAUAUAUGGAAAUGUUGAUAGGUUUACAUUUGGAUGACGACAUUGAAAGAUUAAGCACUCGUACGUAGUUUAGAAUAUAGCUAUGGACAGCGGUUGGGCAAAUUUUACUGAGGUUGAAGUAUUUUAUUAGGUGAAUCAAAAUUGCAAUACAUUUCAAGCUCCUCAUUGUGUAGAAUCAUUCUAGGAACACUUGUUCUUUGAAUGUUUAAAAUAGGAAGACUUACAAAACAUGUCACAGUGAGACAAGUUUUUAAUUUCGUCAACACACACUUUUCCUUGUGUAUUUUCUUAAUACAGGUGCACGAAAAUGGCUAGUACAUUGAACAUUCCCACACUCUGUCUGCAGCAAAUGACCUGUCCACAAACGAUGAUGUAUUUUGUCAGCCAUGCAAUUCAACAGGUCAAUGUUUAUGAGCAAUCAUGGUUAUCCUUGAAUGAGUCUACAUGUGGUCAGGUACUAACUGGGAUGUUGUUUUCAUGCUCUACUUUACACUGUAAACAUUGUCCCAUUCAUACCCUUAAUAGAUAGUAAACAUCCUGAUUUGUCAAAGCUUUUCUGCUAUUCAAGUAUUGGGUAUUUGUCAUCAGUGUGUGUACUGGGUUUUUUUUCUCUGAAUAUCCUUUGUUAUCGCCCUUUACUGUUUUUUCUUGAAUUGCGUCCCUUUCCAUUGUUAUUAUCCGCCCUUGUUGCCAACAGUGAGAGCUGUUAUGAAUUGUUGCAAAUAUGGUGAUAUCAAAGAAUUGUAUGAAGUAGGCUUGCGUCAUUGUGUUAUAAAAAUAAUAAAAAAGCAAGAAUUUUAA